CUCGCGCACGGCCGGGCGCAGCGGCAGGAUGAAGGACCGGACCGGGGAGCUGCGCGCAGCGAAGGACAGUGAUGAUGAUGAUGAAGUCACCGUCAGCGUGGACCGGGACCGCUUCAUGGACGAGUUCUUUGAGCAGGUGGAAGAAAUUCGAGGGUUCAUCGAUAAGAUCUCAGAGAAUGUGGAGGAAGUGAAGAGGAAGCACAGCGCCAUCCUUGCCUCGCCUAACCCCGAUGAGAAAACGAAGGAGGAGCUGGAAGAGCUGAUGUCUGACAUAAAGAAGACAGCAAACAAAGUACGCUCCAAGCUAAAGAGUAUUGAGCAGAGCAUUGAACAAGAGGAAGGACUGAACAGGUCAUCUGCUGACUUGCGGAUAAGGAAGACUCAGCACUCAACACUGUCACGCAAGUUUGUGGAGGUGAUGUCCGAGUACAACGCCACGCAGACUGACUACCGGGAGCGCUGCAAGGGCAGGAUCCAGAGGCAGCUGGAGAUCACUGGGAGGACCACCACCAGCGAGGAGCUGGAGGACAUGCUGGAGAGUGGCAACCCAGCCAUCUUCUCCUCUGGGAUCAUCAUGGAUUCAAACAUCACCAAGCAGGCACUGAAUGAGAUUGAGACACGGCACAGCGAGAUCAUCAAACUGGAGAACAGCAUCCGAGAGCUGCACGACAUGUUCAUGGACAUGGCCAUGCUGGUGGAGAGCCAGGGCGAGAUGAUUGACCGCAUCGAGUACAACGUGGAGCACUCAGUGGACUACGUGGAGCGAGCGGUGUCUGACACCAAAAAAGCAGUGAAGUACCAGAGCAAAGCCAGACGGAAGAAGAUCAUGAUCAUUAUCUGCUGUGUGAUCCUGGGCAUCGUCAUCGCCUCCACCUUCGGUGGCAUUUUCGGCUAGACUCACCCCGCGGGACUGUUUGUGUGCGAUGGACGGAGCUGCGUGUGCCAUGGGGCUGCGUGUGCCAUGGGGCCGCAGCCGCACCGGAGCAAACCACGCAGCCCCGGAGCCUCCCAGCAGCAUUUCAGUUUCUAAUGCAUGGUUGUUUGUGACGCUGUGUGUGCGGUGCGGUGCGUCUGUAUGGAGGGAGCGCCAGCCCCGGGGCAUAGGCAGGGUGCAGGGGAUGGUGAUGGGCAGGAGGGGGACCCUGGGAGGGAACCCGAGUUCUCAUCACUGCUCCAGCCUGCAUGGCUGGCUGGGGACAGGGGUGCCCUUGGGCACUGCUGCUCCUCCUGUGCUGGCAGUCUGCAUUAGUGAGAACCAAGGAUGCAGGGUGUCAGGGCUCCUCAGGAGCACAGUGCCCAGUCAGCCUCCCCCAGCCUCCCCAUUACCUCCAGCCAGAGCUCUCAUGUCAGCUGUGUCUGUGCUUACAAACACCUUUCCUUGGGCUGCUUCUCUCACGGGACCCUUCCCCAGGGGUGUGCUCAGACAGGCCCUGCCUGCUCCUGUCCCUCCCUGUCCUGUGGCCGUGCCUGGCUGCAGGGCUCCAUCCCUGCUGCCCCUCCAAGGCAAGCCCUCACCCCAGUGUGGGUGCCAGAGGACGGAUGUUCCAUUGAUGACAGUGGGUGCCUGAUGGAGCAGUGUAGGAUAAGGGGCUGCUGCUUUGGGCCAUCAGGUGCCUGGGGAUGGGGACAGGCCACAUGGGGACAUGUGCUGCAUGCUGGUGUUGGCCUGGUAGGUACUUUAAGGCCAGCACGUUUCACUGGUUGCUCUGCCUGCACCAAAGCCUCAUUGUUCUCUGUCAGCCCUGGCACACAAUGGCCCUGGCUCCUUCUGCCUGUAGGCCUGGGCUCUGUCUGCUGGGGUUGGGAGUUGGCUCUGAUGCCCACAGUCCCUGGCAGCACUUGCCUGGGAUCAGGGCUGCAUCCAGCCUCACUUCUCCACAUAGGCACCUAUGGCUGGGGCUGGAGGCAGCCAAGCUUUCUCCUGUUGUGGUCCCUGGAGCAGUCUGUGUUGCAUCCACACCCCUGCUAGCUAAGAGGAGCAGCCUUCCUCCUCCUUGGUCCUACCAGUUCCUGAGCAGGGCAGUGCCUGACUCCCCCUUGCAUCUCUCUGCCACCUCUUGGCACCCACCUGCUCCUUCCAGUCUUGGCACAAGGCCCUUGUGCCUGCUCAUCCCCUGGGCCAUCUGGAGAGGACCCACACAUGGCAGGAUGCUGUGGAGGCACCUGGGUACCCUCUGCUGCACCCACUGUGUGGACACAGCUACUGUGGUGGCCUGAGCCUACCGGCAGCUCCCAAGAACCUUGUGGUGCCACUGUCUGUUUUCCUCAGGCUGGGAGCAGGGCUCUGCCCUUACAUUCCUCUGUAGAUUCCAGGGCUGCAGCUGGCCCAUGCACAUGCCAAAGCACCACUGAGGAACCCAGAGCAGGGCAGGCACUUGGAGCCACACACUGGGACAGGGUCUGGCUGUAAGCCCAGGUGCUGGUAGGAGGAAAAGGGCAGUUGAUGUCAAUGAGUACUCCAGCUGCAGCUGCAUUUCACCUCUCUGCUUCCAACCAGGGUCCCUGUGCUCCUCCACCCUUGCUGGGUGCUGUAGCACAGGAGCUGGCCCUAUGUGUGGUGCCCAUGGCUUGGGGGACAAGGAAGAGGGCUGUAGCCAAGACACAACACUACCUUCCUCAGACACAGCCCUGCCCAGCAGCAACCCAGACAUGGCUCUUUCCCUACCACUGUUACCCAAAGUCCCACUGCAGAACCCCUGGUUGCAUUCAGCUGCCCUUGGGAAGCGUGUCCAGCCCAGUCCCCUGCCCAGCCCAGGGGUGCAACCAUGACAACAGCCAACUCUGGAGCCCCUUCUUUCACAUUCCCACAACAACGGAUGUGAGCUACAGCACUGCAGCCUGUGUGCACAAAAGGGCUUGGGGCACAGGGAGCCCCACAAGAGGGAGCAGGCCAGCUCUGGAGCCCUUCCAGGGCAGGAGGCAGGCAUGGGCAGGGUCCUUGAUCUAAGGGGAGGGAGCUGCCUGCUGCUCCUGCCCCAGUACAGUUCCCUGUCACCAUACGCUGCUGUGCUGAGCCAGCAAGAACGCUGGGCUCCCUCCUCUGGGAAGCAAUAACACUGCUGGCAGGGCAGGCAGGAAAGCUCCUCUCAGGCUCUCGCCCUGCAGCGAUGCCCACUGCUAGUGCAAGAUGAUCUUUUUAUCUUCUAAGCAGCGGCUUUUGUGGCACAAGCUCACAUGACAUCAGGGCUGUGGCCCACCCGAGUCAAGGCACAAGGCUAAGAACAGCAUGAGGGGGCUCUGGCACUUGCUCCUUCCUUGUUGGUACCACCACCACCAGCAGCCCGCCAGCAGCAGGAGCUGGAUGGGGCCACAGUCGGCAGCUCCGCCACUGGCACUUUGCUGGGAUCCUGCAGGCAGUGGUGGUGCCAGGCUCCAGAACAUGGGAGGCAGAGGAGCAGGCUGCUACUGCUGCCCCACAGGCAGGUUCACACUGUCCUCGCUGUGAGGGGAGGGUGUUUUGGUGCAAUAAUUACCCCUGCACUAUGGGAAGCCCCGCUCAGUUCCUUUUUACCUACCUGUUGUUGCAUGUACAGACCAAAUCACCAACAGUGUGGUUGUGCUUUGGGGAGGCAUUUCACUUUUUCUUUCCAGCCCCCGACCUCAGACCGCUUGUCCUUUGGGUUACCCCACCUCUGUUCCAAGUGCCACCUGCCCUCCCAGCACCGGGAGCGUGUCGAUGCAGUAUUCCACGAACAGUGUGGGGCACGCACAGCUUGCACUCGAACCGGGGAUUAUUUUGGGGUUUUUUUAGUAAUUAUAUGUACUUGAAAGCUUUCCAAGUCCCCUCUCCCCGUGGAGUUGUACUGUUGCUGUACUGUGAGCUAAGUGUCCUUGUUUUCUAUGUGGAUCUUGACCCUGGCUUGCUCUGUCUCACUGGGCUGGAUGACACUGUAUGUCGCCUCUCUUCUCCUUCACCCUUUCCCUUCCUGCUAGCCUCCCCUUCUCCCAAAGCUCUGGGUGCAAAACAGCUUCCCAUUUUGUGGAAUUUUUAUGUAGAAUAAACAUUUGUAACUGUAAA